GAAGGAAGGGAGUGUAAAAGGAGAAAGAGAGGAGGAGGAGGAGGAGGAGGAGGAGGAGGAGGAGGUACGUGAAUUUUGUGAACGUCGUCGAGUCGAACGAGACGCCGGUUUCGUGUUCGAAAAAAUCGCGUAUUAUAGGAAUCGCUGAUUAUUCGGAAAAGUCAAAAGAGAGAACAGGAAAGAUUAACAAAGGGAAUAUAAGGGAUUAAAAUCGCUACGACCACCACCUACGUUGGCAGCUGUAACGACGACAGCGACGAUAACAACGACAACGACGAAGACUUUAACAACGACAACAACGACGACGACGACCACGACCACGACCAAGAACAAUACGACAGAAGAAGUAGCAGCAGCAGUAGCAAAAGCAGCAACGACGGCAGCGACGACGUCGAGGAGACUAGGAAACGACGAAGACGAGAGGCAGAAAGAGGAGGAAGGUCCUACUGCCGAUAAUAAUAAGUGGUCGCCCGUGUUAUAGGCUGCUGCCGCCGCCUGAUCAUCGUGAUUGAAGACACGAGGGUGAAAAUAUAAAAUAUAGGGAUAUAUGUUGUGGGCGUCCCCCGAAAAUACGGGGGCACUUGAUGGCAACAGAAAUUGGGCGAAUUGUAAGCAAGUAUCAAUCAUCGCCGUGCGCUGUUAGAGUGUCGUCGUCGUCGUUCUCAAGUCGUCCGAGCGACGCCAGUCAUAUUGAGAAUACAUCGCCAGUUACUACGGUACAGGAAAACGAAGAACGGCAAGAGGAACGGCAAGAUUACCAAAGGCAGCAGCGAUCGUCAACACCAUCCUCGCCGCCGCCGCCGCCGCCGCCACCGCCGCCAUCGCCGCCACCGCCGCAACAGCAGCAACAGCAACAGCAUCAGCAUCAGCAGCAUCAGCAACAGCAGCAGCAGCAGCAUCGUCAUCGUCAGCAACUGAUGAGCAGCGACCUCGCGCGCGAAAAUACGCAGAUACGUGUACAACAGCAGCUUCGUAGACGGAGCUCAACCGCUGGAGGAGCGCCGGUCAAAGUAUCCGCGGAAAUAACCUCGACGGCGGUAUCCGCCUCCGAGGUACCUAGCGCAGUCAAGACGACCAUCAACAUUGGCAUCGCGAUGAACCACGUUAACGAUCAGGAGAAUCUUAAGCAGCUCAAUCUGACGCCGGUUCAGGUUAACGAGGUCGAGGAGAUGGACACGCAAGAGGAAACACCAAAUGAUGGUGGUGGGGAUACAAAUGAGAGCCGUCCUAUUAAUGGAGAACAAGAAUUAGCGUCUAUAGUACAAGAUCAAGAAAUGGAGGAAGACGAAGCAAGAUCGGAGGCCACAUUUCGUUACACAGUUGAAAAUAUUUCAAAAAUGAAAGAAUCUCAAUUGUCACCUGCUUGUUUUGUUCGUAAUUUACCAUGGAAAAUAAUGGUGAUGCCAAGAUCUAGUCCAACACAAGAAAGACAGACACAAAAAUCGCUUGGUUUCUUCCUACAAUGUAACGGAGAAAGCGAAUCUACUUCAUGGAGUUGUUCUGCUACGGCAGAGCUUCGACUUUUAUCUUGUAAAGGAGAGCCACCUUUCAGUAGAAAGAUACAACAUCUCUUCUAUAGUAGAGAAAACGACUGGGGAUUUAGUCAUUUCAUGGCAUGGCAUGAAGUAUUGGAUCCAGAUAAAGGUUUUAUCAAAGAUGAUUGUAUAACUCUUGAGGUUCAUGUAAUAGCUGAUGCACCGCAUGGUGUUUGUUGGGAUAGUAAAAAGCAUACAGGACAUGUAGGUUUAAAAAAUCAAGGAGCUACAUGUUACAUGAAUUCUUUACUUCAGACCUUGUACUUCACUAAUCAGCUACGUAAAGCAGUGUAUAAAAUGCCAACUGAGAGUGAUGAUUCCAGCAAAAGUGUUGCAUUAGCUUUACAAAGGGUUUUUCACGAAUUGCAAUUUUCUGACAAACCUGUUGGGACAAAAAAGUUGACUAAAAGUUUUGGAUGGGAAACGCUGGAUUCUUUUAUGCAGCAUGACGUACAAGAAUUUUUACGUGUGCUGUUAGACAAAUUAGAAAGCAAAAUGAAAGGUACGUGUGUAGAAGGUACAGUGCCAAAACUAUUUGAAGGAAAAAUGAUGUCCUUUAUUAAAUGCAAGAACAUAGAAUACAAGUCCACGAGAGAAGAAACUUUUUAUGAUAUACAAUUGAACAUAAAGGGAAAGAAAAACAUUUACGAAUCUUUUAGUGAUUAUGUGAGCACUGAAAGUCUUGAUGGAGAUAACAAAUAUGAUGCAGGAGAACACGGCUUGCAAGAAGCUGAAAAAGGUGUUAUUUUCUCAUCGUUUCCUCCUGUUUUACAUUUACAUUUAAUGCGAUUUCAGUAUGACCCAGUAACAGAUUGCUCGGUUAAAUUUAAUGAUAGGUUUGAAUUCUAUGAAAAAAUUAAUCUCGACAAGUACUUGCAAAAUAAAGAUCCUGCAAGAGGAAGUGCAGAUUAUACUUUGCAUGCGGUUCUCGUACAUAGUGGUGACAAUCAUGGUGGUCAUUACGUCGUAUUUAUUAAUCCUAGUGGUGAUGGAAAAUGGUGCAAGUUCGAUGAUGAUGUCGUCUCGCGGUGUACAAAACAAGAGGCCAUUGAACACAACUACGGUGGUCAAGAUGAGGACAUGUCUAUGGCUGUGAAACAUUGUACUAAUGCAUAUAUGCUGGUUUAUAUAAGGAAUUCCGAGUUGGAAAACGUCUUGCAAGAAGUCAAAGAAGAGGAUAUACCUCAAGAGCUGGUGGAGAGACUUCAAGAGGAGAAGAGGCUGGAACAAAUACGAAGAAAGGAGAGAUCAGAAGCGCCCUUAUUUAUGACAAUUAACGUUCUUCUUGAGGAUAGCUUUGAUGGUCACCAAGGAAAUGAUCUCUACGACCCGGAACACGCAUCAUAUCGUGUAUUUCGCGUACGUAAGCAGGGAACUGUGCACGAGUUUCUUGAACUUCUAAGUGAUAGUUUGAGAUAUCCGAUAGAACAGAUUCGCGUUUGGCCGUUUAGUAUACGUACGAAUCAGACCUGCAGACCAACGUUAAUUGAGCCAGAAGCUGACCUUCAAAAAUCAUUAUACGAUUGUGCGGAUAACGCGAAUCCUUGGAAUGUAUUUGUAGAGCUCGUCCCACCAGAUUCUGAUUUGACAGCAUUACCACCUUUUGAUAAAGAUACCGAUGUUUUGUUGUUUUUUAAAUUGUAUGAUCCUAAAAAUAAAAAAAUCCAUUAUUGUGGUCACCACUAUAUGCCUGUGGUAGCCAGAGUUCUGGAACUCAUACCAAUAUUAAAUGAAAGAGCUGGCUUUCCACCGGAUACAGAACUAGCACUAUACGAAGAAAUCAAACCAAAUUUAGUUGAAAGAAUAGACAACCUGUCGGAUCCAUUGGAGAAAGUACUUGAGGAAUUAAUGGAUGGUGAUAUUAUAGUAUUUCAGAAGGAGGGAGAUAAUAAAAAAUAUGACCUUCCAACUUGCAAAGAAUAUUUUAAGGAUCUAUUCUCCAGGGUAGAAGUUACGUUUUGUGAUAAAACUAUUCCGAACGAUCCGGGUUUUACAAUGGAGCUUUCAUUAAGAAUGUCAUACGAUCAAAUGGCUAAUGCCGUAGCACAACGCGUGGGCACGGAUCCAUAUCUCUUACAAUUCUUUAGGUGUCAAAGUUACAAGGAUUCUCCAGGAUCUGCAUUGAAAUGUAAUUUCGAGGGCAAUCUCAAAGAAUUGUUUUCAUAUGGUAAACCAAAAGUAAAGAAAUUAUUUUACCAGCAGCUUAGUAUUAGAGUAAAUGAACUUGAAAAUAAAAAGCAAUUCAAAUGUAUAUGGGUUGGACCAUCAUUAAAAGAGGAAAAAGAAAUUAUCCUUUAUCCAAAUAAAAAUGGGACUGUUGCUACUUUAUUGGAAGAGGCUAAGAAACAAGUGGAAUUAUCGGAAAAUGGCUCAGGAAAAUUAAGGAUAUUAGAAAUCAAUUGUAAUAAGUUGUUACCCGGUCCUAGAGACGACGUACUUUUAGAUACCUUAAACACAUCGGGCACUAAAAUGUACAGGAUAGAAGAAGUUCCAUCUGACGAGCUCAAUUUGGCUGACGAUGAAAUGCUAGUUCCGGUUGCGCAUUUUCACAAAGACGUUUUUUCAACGUUCGGCAUACCUUUCUUCUUUAAAAUCAAACACGGUGAACCAUUUCCAAAGAUGAAGGACAGACUAUUAAAGAAACUCGGAGUUCAAGAGAAGGAAUUCGAAAAGUUUAAGUUCGCGGUGGUUACGAUGGGCAAACCACAAUUCAUUAUUGAAUCCCCGGAUUAUUGCAUCGACAUCGCCGAUUUUCAAACUCAUCCGAAUCAAAGUAUUUAUCCACUUUUAAACGCAGGCACAUCGCCACAUAGGCCCUGGCUCGGCCUGGAACACGUCAACAAAGCGCCGAAGCGCUCUCGUAUCAACUACCUCGAAAAGGCCAUUAAGAUUUACAAUUAAAAAUUUUCGGGCGCAGUUAAGAAGAAAAAGAAGAAUUUGAAAUUAGGCAGCCACUCACAUAUAUAAUUUAUACGAUUGUAUAGUAAGAGGAGAGGAGUGUGUCUAAAAAAAAAAAGGAAAGAAAAAAUACAAAAAAAAAAGAAAAAAAACCAAAAAAAAAAAAGAAAAGAAGAGAAGAGAAGAGAGAGACGGCACGAUGAGAGACAGGAUUGGAAAUGUUACGAAAUGUGUACUAUUCGUUAAUACAGCUAGUUAUUAACACGCGCGA